AUGGAUUCAGCUUCCUCCCCUACGAGCUCCUCCGUGCAGCCGCCGCCGGUCGAGGCGGCGCCGGCGGCGAAACGAGAAGGACCGGAGAAGGAGAUGGCGCACCGGACGAAGGUGAUACAAUUCAUGGGGCGGACAACGCCCAUCAUCCUCCAAAACGACAAUGGCCCCUGCCCUCUCCUCGCCAUCUGUAACGUACUUUUGCUGAAGAAUAUUUUGAAUUUGAGCCCAGAUAUUUCAGAGGUUUCACAGGAGAAAUUGCUUUCACUUGUUGCUGAGCGCUUAAUUGAUUCAAAUAGCAGUAUUAACGACAAAGACGCUGGCUAUGUCGAAAAUCAGCAACAGAAUAUUGCAGAUGCAAUUGAUUUGCUUCCUAGACUGGCAACUGGGAUUGAUGUAAAUAUCAAAUUUAGAAGGAUUGAUGAUUUUGAGUUUACUCGAGAGUGCACAAUAUUUGAUUUACUGGACAUCCCACUCUAUCAUGGAUGGAUAGUUGAUCCGCAGGACACAGAAACUGCCAAUGCGAUUGGUUCGAAAUCGUACAACACUGUAGUGGAGGAGCUUGUUUUACUAGAAACACAAGCUACAGAUAGUGAAAACCAAAAUGACCUAGAGGAUGAUGUAGAUUUUGUUGCGGCAACAACUGCAGCUCUUGGGGUGCCAUCUCCUUGUCUUUCAAGAGGUCAAUCUUUUGAUGAAUCCCCCAAUAAAGCACGAAAAGGAGACGCUGAAGAAGAAAUAGAGCUUUUACGAGUCAUGAAAUUAUCAGAGGCAGAAAUGUCCAGUUCAGUGCCGGAUAGUGUAUCUGCAAAUGUGAAUUUAAUGGGCAGUCCAGAUGUGGAUAAGUCUGAGCUGGUAUGUCAAUUAGAAACAGUGGAAAAGAAUGAUACUGAUGGAACUGUAAAGAAUGGAUCGAUUUCUGAAGGUGGCAAUGAUUUGACCACUCACCCGAAGACUGUCGAGGAGAACAACUUUAUCGAUUGUACGGACAAAGUUUCUACAGAAUCUUGUAAAGGUGCAGGUGAUACUAAGAGUGACCCUCAGAUUGAGAAUAAAAAUGUUCAACCUGUGCCUGUAUCUCGUGAAUUUUAUUCUCAGCCCACUUUUAAUGCCUUUCAAGAUAAAUCCAGUGCUGUAGAACAUGUCAACAUUGAAUUCAAUUCCACAUCUGACCUUGAGGAACCAAGAAACAACUCAAAUGAUGAUUGCAAAGCUAGAGAGUCUUGCAGCUUGUUCUCUGUUGCUCCAGGCUUAGACUCAUCAACUGACCAAGUGCAUAACAUUGAUAAGCCUGAUACAUUUUCUUCAAGUGUUGAUGGCAGUGAACCCAUAUAUGAAGGGGAGGAGCACAUAAUGGAAUCAAGGUGUGUAACUUAUGAAAAUCAAGAGCCCGUUUAUGAGGGCGAGGUUGUUCUUGCCGAACAAGUUGGUAGAGGUUGUGUGAUUGAUGAUGAAUUGAAGGACAGAAUAUCAGUCAAACAAGGUGAACUGAUACGGAACUUUUUGAAGAACAGUGCUAGUCAGCUGACUAUAUAUGGCCUAUUUUGCUUACAAGAAAAAGUUAAGGAGCGAGAACUAUGUGUGUUCUUUAGGAACAAUCAUUUCAACACUAUGUUUAAGUAUGAAGGUGAGUUAUACAUUCUAGCAACGGACCAAGGUUAUCUAAAUCAGCCAGAUUUGGUGUGGGAAAAGCUCGAUGAGGUGAAUGGUGAUACUUUAUUCAUGAUGGGGAACUUUACGGAGUUCAAAAUGGAUGACCAAUCCAAUAAUAGCACUUGGGAUGAACAGAAUGCCAUAUCAAGUACAGCUGACUAUCUAAAUAGUAUGGAUGGUGUACCACCCUCGGGUUCAAGUUUCAAUUCUGAUUUGCAGUUGGCAAUAGCUCUUCAGCAACAGGAAUUCGAGCAACAGAAAUCACAACCCAAUAACUCACAGCAACCUUCCACAAGUAGUGCUUCGAGCCUCGUCACUGGUCCCCAGGUAUCACAGAAAAACGGGAAGUACACGCAGCAGCCGAAAACCAACAAAGACAAGUGCAUUAUCAUGUAA